AUGUUUCAGGAAACUAUUUAUUUUGCAGCAGGACCUUUGCGUUUUUCCAAAUCAUUAUAUUACAGAAACUGGAACUGGUCCUCAUCACAUGGAGGGAGAAGAGGAACACGGGCCCAACAUUUCUAUAGCAGUCGAGCGACUGCGAGGAAUGCGCCCAAAGAAAAAGUGCACAUCCCAGGACUCGAUAUCGUCACUUAUGAAGCGAAGAUGCAUUACGUUCCAUGGCUAGCUAAACCCGUUAACCCACACUGGGAAAGAGACUAUAAGGAUCCCCGGCAUUACAGGUCUCCCCCAAUUCACGAGAUGCCCUUGUAUCAAGAGACACCUUGUUACGUCUUUAACCAGAGGACUAACGCACUGGAAGGUGUUCGUCAGGCUCUUUGGUUAACCAAAAGCAAGGCGGUCUCUGGUUUGCCACCUCAGAUUCUUUCACUGGCGGAAAGUUCUGCCAAUCAAAUACCGCAUCAGGUAAAACGUGUUCAGGAUGCCAUCAGACAUGCCUGCUUCUGGCACACAACUGAAGAACAACCAGUUAAAUACAGCAAAACACUCCUGCUCAACCUACUUCAUCUAUGUGCCAGUCUACAGUCCAGCCAUCCAUUGAUUGGAAGGAGAAUGUUAGCUGAGAAUUACUCAUUGGCAGCUUCAUGGAAAAGAGGCAAAAACUUGUUCAUGGUUCGGGGUCAAAAUGGCUUACUGUAUAAAAGCAUGGAUCCUCUACCACGGGUCUCUGGGGAACAGGAAGUGUUGAACACCGCAGACCAAGCUCUUGAAACGUUUUAUCCCGUGUCUCCUACGGUGGACCUUCAGAAAGUGCACACAUACGAUGCUGAGAAAAACUGCACAGGUUUCAAAGAACAACAUUUUUACCGACAUGCCCACACGAUUUACUUCCUGGAGGGAGAUGAUCCUCGCUGCAAGCUUCGCCCAGAGCAGUUUAGAGCAAAGAUGAUCAUGUUCCUUUUUGGAAAUGCGCUGGUCCAUGCACGUAGACUAUAUGGGGCCAAGACUUAUCGUGUAUUGGAUCAUCCUAUCACAAUACAGGCAGUUGGGACUGACGGCAGACUUUUCCAGUUCAUUGUUUUUCAACUCAACACCACAGAUCUGAAAGGAGACGAUGGCAUCAAAAACCAGGUGUGGUUGGAUGAAGAUGCUGAACUCUAUGAUUCUGCAAACGUCAGACCCCUCUUCUACAGGAAACAACUUAAGGUACCAGCUGGUCUUUCAGGAUUCAAGCCAGAGACAUUCACCAAAUUUCUUGCCCUAAACCUUCAUGGUGCUGUCACUGUGUAG